AUGUAUGAUUUUUUUGAAGAAUCUCAAACUGAAAAAUAGAAUGUGCAUUAGGAUGGGCUUUAAGGGGAAUAGGUAAAACUUAAGAGUAUAUUAGAUUGCUACUUAUGAUGCUUUUUCAAACGAGACAUCAACUCAACCAAUUACACUAAAUACAUACGUGGUACAAUUCAAGUUAAUUAUAGAGCCCAGAAUAACAAUAACGAAAAGAUAAAUUGAGAAUUCUUGAAGAUGAAAGAAAAUCUCAAAUUAGAGAGAAAGAUUAAUAAGAAAGAGUAUUAAAAUAAUAAAAAAAAUAAAAAGGCUAGGAAUUUUUGUAAGAGUUUAAAAAGUAAUUAUACUUAUUUAUAAAAGAUAAUAAGAAAUGGAAAUUUUAUAAAGAAGAGGUCAAAAUUAGUAGAAAUAAGAGAUUUUGAAUGAAAAUCAGAAACAUCAUAAUCAAUAUGUAUUGUAGUUUUCCCAAUAUCAAGAAAAACUCUUGGGAUUAAAUAGCUUCAAAUAUUGCGUUAAAAGAUGGGGAAUAUCCUGGAGUAAAAGAUGUAACAAAGAUGAGAUAAGCAAUCCUUAAUAAAAGAAUCAAUCUGACUAAGUGAUGUCCAUUAAUUAUAAUAUCAGCAAUCAAUUCAUAGUAAUGUGUGCAUCAUAAUCC